AUUUUGAGAGCCACUCUAAACUUCCUAUUGUAAAUAAAUGCUUAUCAGUCAUGUCAUGUUUAUGCUUGUAAAAAAUCUUCCCUCUUAUUUUCUCUCCUGCAAACAGAUUUGCUUUCCCCAUCUCCACCUUUAGCUGUCUACAAGGAACACCAGGAAAUCUCCCAACAAGAUGGUGAUGAAUCAGAGGUGAAGAAAAUGAUAAAGAUUUUAGAGCAGCAAUCAACCCUGACACUACAAGACAGGUCAGCUAACGCCUGUAAGCCGUGGUCUGUCAUGAAGAAACGGGGUCCUGACCAGUGCCAUAGCAGCAACAGGAAAAGCAUGAAAUUUAUGAAGGUGACUUCUGGAUUGGAACCAAUAUCUACUCACAAGCACGAGGAAAGAGAAGGACGAGGAAAUGAAACCUUUAGGAAUAUUUCCCAAGAUGGAUGGCAAGCAAAAAAAGGAAAAGAUGGCUCCAACAAAGGAUCAAAAGGCAAUUUGAAAUUGUCGAGACAACACAGAUGCAAUUUAAGUGAAAGGAUGUUUUCUGCAUGCCAAGCUUUAAAGAUGCACCUGAGCGAGGACCCAGCCCUGUCCACUAGUGAAUUGCAGGAUUGCCUGUGCACACUCCAGCAAGAGUGGUUCUCGGUGUCCAGUCACAAGUUAGCGUCUCCUGAAACAGUAGGGGAGUACUUAUCUGCGUUCCGAAUGAUUUCACCCUCAGUACUGCAACACGUCGUCAACAUGGCUGAUGGCAACGGAAAUACAGCGCUACACUACAGUGUUUCUCACUCCAACUUUGGUGUUGUCAAGAAAUUGCUUGAUGCAGAGAUGUGCGACGUGAAUCGGCAGAACACAGCGGGUUACACUCCCGUCAUGCUGGCCGUACUCGCAGCUGUGGAAAGCCCUGAGGACAUGCGGGUGGUGGAGCAGCUCUUCACAAAAGGAGACGUCAACGACAAGGCCAUCCAGGCUGGUCAGACUGCUCUGAUGCUCGCUGUGAGCCACGGCAGGAUGGACAUGGUUCAGGCUCUCCUGGCGCAGGGCGCGCAAGUCAACGUCCAGGACGAUGAGGGCUCCACGGCGCUGAUGUGUGCCAGCGAGCAUGGCCACGCCGACAUUGUCAAACUGCUGCUGGCACAGCCGGACUGUGAUGCCACCCUCACCGACAGUGAUGACAGCUCAGCCCUGUCCAUUGCAUUGGAGGCGGGUCAUAAUGACAUCGCUGUCCUCCUUUAUGCCCAUGCCAACUUCUCCCGAUACUCAGGGGGAGCAACUCGACACACUGGCAGGUUUCCCUCUUCCUAAGGAUGGAGGAGCACUUUUGAGACCUAAAUGGAUUAUUCAUAAAGUUAUUUAGGUGUGGGCGUGGUGGUGGUGGUAGCACAGGGGUAGAGCAGGCGACCCAUGUUUGAAGUCCUCAGUCCUUGACGCUGCCGUCCAAGGUUCGACUCCAAGCCCGUGGGCCUUUGCUGUGUGUCUUCCCCCUCUCUAUGAAUCCUGUUGCUGGCCAGUUUACUGUCAGAAAAAAGCCACUUGUGCCAAAAAAAACCCGGCAACAAACAGACUCAACAUACUCAGUCUGACUUCUCUUCAGCUGCAGAAUUCUGCAGUUUUCUCCAUUUGUGUGUGCUUAGCUCUGUUACAUAUCAGCAUGGCAGAGUAGUUUACUCUUUGUUUUGCCAUGGUGUGU